AACUUCACCUUGGUAGUGAUCACAAAAAACGCCUUACAUGUUCCCAGGCAUUUUGAUAUCAUUCGAGUUCGAGUUUGGUCGUUAUUUUGCGUUGCGCGUUAAAGAGUGAAGUAACAAUGGAUGGUUAAAUAAUAAGUAAAAACCAUCGAUACUUUCUCUUAUUGAAUAGUCAUACAGUUUUAAGCUAGUAACCACCGAAGAGAGGAGCAAAACAACACAUACAACCAAGAUGUCGGUAGGUUGGAGCUGCCUGCCGCUGCUGCCUCUGGGCUGCAUCUUAGAGCACCUGAGCCUGGAGGAUGCCCUAGCCGCCAUGUCUACCAGCCGGCACUGGCGCAGUGGCCUGCUCAUAUACGAAGGUCGGAGGAAAACUCUCAAGCUCAACGCCAAACAGUUGGACAAAUGCGCGUUCCUAGCGCGAAUAUUCAAGAAACACACAAACGUACUGCAAAUACACGUCGCGGACUGCAGCCGGGCGGAGCUCACCCAGUUCAUGCACAAAAUUAUGCCACAGUUCUUCGACACACUGAGGCUCCAAGAGAUAGUAUUCAUAGGACCAGGAUGCGUGCAGAUGGCGCAUAGCAACGUCAAACUAGACAGAGUAAUGAUAGAGAGCCUGCUAUUCAAACAUUCCCACAGCAUAAGGAAUUUUGCUCUGAUGAACUGCGAAAUGGACGCAGUAGAUGACAAGAAGCCGAAACAAAUACACGACAACGUGGAGUUUUACUCGCGCGGGCUCCGCUUCGACCCUUCAUCACCGGCUGACGCGAUUUUAUCGAGAUUCAACGCUGAGGCGAUGAUGUUUUCCAGUUUGCAGCACAUACUAGUAGAUUACGACCUGGUGACCACAGAAACUCUAGAGACCCUCUCGCAGCUCACAUCAUUCAGCCAACUAAGCAUCAUCAUAUGUAACAAGAAACUGGCACAUUCCGUGGAUUGGCACAGAGUGCAGACCUGCUACCCUAAUGGGUUAGAUGUCGCCGUUAACUUGAUUGGAUUAUCAGAAAAGAAGAUCGACGAAGUGAUGGAGACCGUUCUAGUCGAGGGGCUGACUCUUACAUCGCUCAAACUGCUGUUUUGUAAAACUUUAUACCCGCCUCUGAUCAAGCAUGUGGUGCGUCUACACAAGGACUCGCUACGCGAGUUCGUCGUUGUGGACGCGCCCCACGAGUCCUGCCAGCGCGUCAUACGCUCACUACGCGCUCCCGAGUAUGAAGCGUGCAACGUGAAUCCGAUCAUACUGAUGUGCUGGCAGUGUACGCAAUUACGAAGACUUGUAUUACAUGGCUACUGGGUGUGGCAGUACGACGUGCUGGGCUUCGUGCGUCUGCGCAAGUCGCUCUCGCAGCUGGAGAUCUCGGCCGUGUACGGCCGCCAGCGCCGCCCGCAGCAGACCGCCAUGGCGCGCGUGCAUGUGGGGGAUGCUCCGGACACUGUCGACGCGAGUUUCGUCAGGCAAGUGAACGAGUACACGGAGUUCAAGUGGAAGCCGCUGCCGUGGGCGCGCCUGCCGGCCGGGCUGCGCGCGCGCGCCGCGCCCGCCGCGCGCGCCGCGCACGCGCUGCACGAGGCGCGCCGCCCGCUCGGCGUCACGUUGCAUUCUCAAAAAUGAGAGUGCCAAAUCAACGUGACACCGAAGCCUGGCAAUGUGAGCAAAAAUUACGAAAAAUCGCACAUUGGCAGUACGAUCGAGAAAUAUGACUAAAGGUAACAUUAAAGGUCAGGAUACCAGCUGCGUGUGAGUAGGCGUGCAAGUGCGCGGGCGCUAAAAUGUUGGAACCGUGAACGCACACUUCACGCAAGCGGUGUGCCGUCUCUCAUAAGAACCUGUAUAUUACAACGCGCACGCAUCUGAUGUAUACUGGCCCUAAUAUCAUCAUGUACCUGUAAUAAGUAGAAAAAAAAUGGUGGUGAAAAAAAUGCAACCUGUAUAGAAAAGCUCUUCUGAGCGCUUUUAAAUAUAAAUAUUUUUAAAAAGAAAUUUAUACUAACUACUCAAGGGCCUAAAUAAGUCCUUUAUUAAAUGUACCUCUUAUAAAGGGACAAGUUAUCGAUAACCGCUUUAAAGAAAUCGCAGACAAAGCAAUCUUUGCAUAGUUAGAUAAUCAAAUAAAGUUCCUGAUACACUUUCUUUUUUAUAACUAGUAUAAUUUCGUAAAGCAAUUUAAAAUACAACACAGCUUAAAUUUUCAAUGAAAAUUACGCGCGUAACAUACGAAGUGACUUAGAAAUAAGAUGAGAACAAAAGUCAAUUGCCACCAAACUACUUACACAAAUGAACUGUAUUCAAUCACUUGUCUAGAGAAUCGAAUUUAUGUGUGAUAGAAAAUAUAAAAUUAAGAAUAAGCUGUGUGAAUAUCGGUCUGUACUAACCUUAAUAGAAACUCGAAAAAUAAACUUUAAAGUCAUCGUAGUAGGGUUGAUUUUUCGAGAUCAUUUCAUAUUCAUACAGCAAUGUCCCCACCUCGACUAAAGGAAACAAAAGCUUUAAAAAGACGAGUUUUGAAUACAGUUUUCGUAAUACUAUAACAAAAGAGGUUUCUAGAAAUAGUAGCGUAAUUAUUAGACAUAGUGAAAAAAGAAAAGUCAGGCUCUGUUCAGGAAAAUCUGCGGUAACGCGCGCUUUUCUCGUUCACUUUUAGAAGUAGUAAUUCGUGGCGGCUUUUAUAUCUUUUGUAUACGCUACGUUACCAUUGAAACUAUACUUAAAUCUACUUUUCUAUUAUUAAUUUAUGUGGUGUUUAUAAAACGAACCGAAAUAUAAUAGCAAGUCAUCUAAGGACGCUUAAUGCUGUCGCUGCCUUCGGGGAUAAGAGUGACAUCGCAUCUUUGUAGAGACCUACUUUUCUCUUUUCACUACGUUUUAGAGAACAUUGAGAAAAGCCGAAUGAUAUGUUUACUGGCAACAUCUCUCAACAUAGCGAAUUUAUCAUGUAGUUGUAAUAAUGCAAUGAUAUGUCGGCGGCCGAUCGUAAAAUCAGGCAUAUCGUGAAAUUCCUAGGCAUAUCGUGAAACGCGAAAAUCUUUGACUCGUUCCCUGAUAUUUCUGGACAGUUUGCCCUUCGGGCAUCUGAAGCAACCUAACGAACCUAUCCUACCUAUAUACUGGAUUAAUGUGACAAUAGUUAAAACAUUACACAGGAACAUUACGAUAUGCCUGAUCUUACGAUCGGCCGCCGACAGAUAUAUAUCACGCCAAAAGGGGGCCAAAACCAACUUGCCCUUACAUCCGAAAUGUCGUCGGUGAGUUGUGUGAUAAUAACAGAUUGUGAUAUCAUUAAGCGAAUGAAGUAAGAUUGGAGUCGCACGAUAUGUUAGCUAAAGCGACGUGCGUGUGUGUUUAAAAAACUGUUGUUAUAUCCCUUGGUGUGGCUAAACAUCUAGUCAGAGGCCCGCGUAUUGUAAAUAUCUAUACACAUUAAUACCAAGCGGGCUAAAACAUUGCGCAAACAUAAAAGUAUUACAAAUACAUAUAAAAUAUAUCAACUGUGUAGCUUUAAGAGAAAAAUCUCAUGACUGUAUCAAAUACAGUUAUUUUAUUAUACACAAGUGCCACUGCUAUUGCAAAGAGGAUCAUGAAUUUCCAAAAUUGCAAAUGAGCCCUGUUUUAGGUAUCUAUUAAUAUUUUAGUGUAAACUUUUAAAGAAACGCAGGUAGAAUAGAAGAGAGCAUAUGACAGCAUUUAUCAUGAGUUGAUCAGUGACAUUUUACGUAGUUGGUUGGGACGUGCUCGCGUUGCGUAAUACCUGACUGAGGGCUUGUCCACAAAUCACGCGAGGUUCGAUAGGGAUGCAGGGUUACGAAAAAAUCACGACAGAUCACGUUGGGGGAGGAGGGUUAUCAGGAAAACUCACGAGUAUUUUUCUACAAUGAACGAAACUAAGAAAAAAUAAGUAGACGAAAACACCUCGCGUAAUUUGUCCACAACCCAGGGGGGGGGGGGGGGGGGGUUUAAUUUAUGAACAGCUUGAGAUUUAUAUCAGACGUCAUUAAUGAUAUUUUUAUAAAAUAUCAGUGAGUUAUGUAUUAUUGAAUUAAUUAAACCAUCUGGAAGAUUCUCUUAUUCAAGAACAUUUCUUACUAACUUAUUUGUUUUCAACCUAUUUGUUGGAAUUUAAUGCAAUUAAAUAAUGUGUUGAAAAAAAAUGGUUAGCAAGGCAUUUUAAAUACUAUACGCGAACACGUCCUAACGACUAAUUAACCUCAGUAUUCAGCGAUUUAUAGUGCACUUAAAUGAGCGCAUUGGUCACAGUCAUGACAAAAGUGCAUUUUGUAUCGGUCGAGAGGAAAAAGCUCAAAAAUGUCACUGAUUAUUAGUAAAGAGUACCAAUGUGUUGUAAAAUACCUUCCUGGUGUAGAGGUUUCAUAAUGCCGUAAACAACCAAGGUUACUUCGAUCAGUUUUAAACUUUGACAGUUCUUCUGCAAUGAGAUAAACUAUAAAUUCUUCUGCACUGAGAAAACUAUAAAAGAUCGAGAGAAAAUGGUUACAGGAAAAGAAAAAUUGAACAGCGUCGUAAGAGCCACUUAAAUAGCGUCAAUCUAAGUAACCUCGGUUGACGGCAUAGUAAAACGAAAAUUUUAUUAUCAUUGAAGUUUAAAUUUAGCAACGCUCAAUUUUACUUGCCUUAAAGCGCCGUUCGAACGAAUCAAAUCGAACUGACAUUAGAGCAAUACACAAUUUUAUUUAUUAGUGAUUACUUUCAAUAAAAUAUAUGAAUGAACAUCCGUCCCUAAA